CAAAUAGGCAGGCAAAUCUAGAGUUACCGAGGGGAAGAGGAUUGAGGGUCUCUUGUUAUCAGAUAGAAAAUCAGCUGUUGGACAAACCUAAAAGCUCACAGGAAAGGUUUCAAGCAAGAAUAUCAGAAAAAGAAAAACCAAGAAACAAAAGUGCCACUGAAACUGAGUGCAAGAUGGAGUAUACAUUCAGAGCAGUGACUAACAGUCCAGGGAUUAUAAUCUGGAGAAUUGAGAAAAUGGAGCUGGUACAAGUCCCUGAGAAAUCUUAUGGAAACUUUUAUGAGGGUGACUGCUACGUACUUCUGUCUACUCAGAAGGUGAGCAGCUCUCUGAGUUAUGAUAUCCACUACUGGAUCGGCUCACAGUCUACUCAGGAUGAACAGGGUGCAGCUGCUGUUUACACCAUCCAGCUCGAUGAGUUUUUGGGUUCUACUCCGGUCCAGCACCGCGAGGUUCAGAACCACGAGUCUGAUGCCUUUAGGGGCUACUUCAAACAAGGAAUCAUCUAUAAGAAAGGUGGAGUUGCAUCGGGCAUGAGGCACACUGAAACCAACACCUAUGAUGUUAAGAGACUGCUUCAUGUCAAAGGGAAGAAAAGAGUGAUUGCAAAGGAGGUGGAGAUGAGCUGGAACAGCUUCAACCUCGGAGAUGUGUUUUUGUUGGAUAUUGGCAAGACCAUCGUUCAGUGGAACGGACCCAAGAGUAACAAACAGGAAAAGUUGAAAGGCAUGUUGCUGGCCAAAGACAUCCGAGACAGAGAGCGAGGAGGCCGGGCAGAGAUCAGAGUGACUGAAGGGGAAGCAGAGAGCAACUUUCCUCAGAACAUGGAGAUCCUGAAUGGAGCUCUUGGAGAAAGAACCUCCGCGCUGAUGGAUGGACCUCCGGAUGAAACCGCCGAUCAAGAGCAGAAGUCAAAACUGACACUUCACCACGUGUCGGAUGCUGAUGGUCAGAUGAAGGUCACUGAAAUCGCUACCAGACCGCUGACUCAGGAUCUCCUCAACCAUGAUGACUGCUAUUUCCUGGAUCAAGGAGGAACGAAAAUCUUUGUGUGGAAAGGGAAGAAAGCAGACAAAGCUGAAAGACAGGCUGCUAUGAGCAGAGCUUUGGAGUUCAUUAAAGCCAAAAACUACCCAAUCACUACAAAUGUGGAGACGGUGAAUGACGGUGCAGAGUCAGCUCUCUUCAAACAGCUGUUCCAGAGGUGGACAGUUAAGGACCAGACUCAAGGUCUGGGUAAAGUGAAUACAAGAGGGAAAGUGGCUCAUAUCACACAGGAAAAAUUUGAUGCCACUCUGAUGCACGUGAUGCCACAGGUGGCUGCACAGGAGCGAAUGGUGGACAACGGCACAGGUCAAGUGGAGGUGUGGAGAAUUGAGAAUCUGGAGCUUGUCCCGGUGGACCCUGAAUGGUAUGGAUACUUCUAUGGAGGAGACUGCUACCUGAUCCUCUACACUUACUUGGUUAACAGCAAGAAGUGUUACUUACUCUAUAUAUGGCAGGGACGUCACGCAACACAGGAUGAGCUGGCAGCCUCAGCAUUUCAGGCUGUAGAUUUGGAUCAGAAGUACGGUGGUGAGCCAGUUCAAGUGAGGAUAACAAUGGGCAAAGAACCACGACACUUUAUGGCAGUUUUCAAGGGUAAAAUGGUCAUCUUUGAGGGCGGCACAUCUAGAAAAGGAUCAUCUGACCCAGAACCACCAAUAAGGUUGUUCCAGGUCCAUGGCUCUGACCCAUCCAACACAAAAGCCAUCGAGGUUCCAGCCCUGGCCACCUCUCUGAACUCUAAUGAUGUGUUUUUACUAAAGAGCCAAUCAGAAAUCUAUCUGUGGUGUGGAAAGGGAUCAAGUGGAGACGAGAGAGCCAUGGCAAAGGAGGUCAGCUCUGUGCUUGGCCAGAAAGGCUCUGAGGAGAUUGUGGCAGAGGGUCAGGAGCCCAUUGAGUUCUGGGAGCUGCUUGGAGGGAAAGCUCCCUAUGCGAGCGACAAGAGGCUGCAGCAGACUGUUCCAGACCACCAGCCACGCCUGUUCGAAUGCUCCAAUAAGACAGGCCGUUUCAUCGUGACCGAGGUGACUCAGUUCACGCAGGACGACCUCAACGAGGAUGAUGUCAUGCUACUUGACACGUGGGACCAGGUGUUUAUCUGGAUCGGUAAAGAGGCCAAUGAGGUGGAGCGCAAAGAAGCAAUCAUCACAAGCCAAGAGUACCUUCGCACCCACCCGGGCAACAGAGACCCGAGCACCCCCAUGGUUUUGAUCAAGCAGGGAUUUGAGCCGCCCACCUUCACUGGGUGGUUCACAGCCUGGGACCCCUCCAAAUGGAGCGGAGGAAAGAGCUAUGAGGACUUGAAGAGGGAGUUGGGAGAUGAAGCAUCAGCUGUUCAUGUUGCACCUGAGCAGAACUGUGUUAAAAGUGAGAAAACCUAUCAGUGUUUUCCACUUGACGAUCUGGUCAACAAACUCGCCAGCGAGCUGCCUGAAGGUGUUGACCCAUCUGAGAAAGAGAAACAUCUCUCUGACUCUGACUUCAGCAACUUAUUUGGGAUCACCAAAGAUGAGUUUGUGAGUCUGCCUCGGUGGAAGCAGCUGAACAUGAAGAAAGAGAAGGGGAUGUUUUGAUCAUAUUUUUUUGUUAAAAGACAACAGGAGGUCUCUCUUUGUGUGCUGAACGGUCCCUCCCUUACGAUCGUUAAAAAUCACUGCGACACAAAACAUUUUUUUAGCCUGUGUUAAUUUUGUACAAUUGAAACUUUAAUUAAUAGCUCUUCUGAUAAUAUUAUUUUAAUUCUCAGUAUGAACAAUAAUAAACUGCUUAUUCAUCUGUGUGUGAAAUUUUCUAUUCCACUGAAAUGACACAUCUGUCCCACAUCUGUUCAAGAAUUUCAGUCCUCGUUAAUGCAAAAUCAUAUAAUGAGCCAAAAAUAACUACACUAUUUAAAAACACCAGAACCAGGGCAUUAAAUACUUUUGCACUUUAUCAAACCCUGCACAGUAACAACCCCUCAUAGUCUUUUUGAUUGGUGAUAUUAGAGGUCGUGUCUGCCACCUGUUGGCCAAAUCAUGUAACAACAUGUCAGGCCAACAUAAGGAAGAGAUCAAAAUAAACCAGUUCGGUGAAGUUUAUUCACUUACCUGCAUGAGUACAGACUGCAGCGCUUUGGCUGACUGUUAUAGCAUUUUAAAAGUAAACUUAUUGCUGUCAUCUUGCAAAAGGAGGGACAGCAUUUGACUGAUCAAGGUUUCUAUAAUUGCUAUUUUAAGUGUAGUUUAUAUAUAUCUAUAUUAGACUGUACAUUGACAGAGAUGUAUUACAGUUUCGCUAAACCACAACAACCUAAAUCAGAUCUCUGUUAUGCUAUGGUAUUCAUCUAA